CACUCACUCAACACACACACACACACACGCGCACUCACACGCUGCUGAAGCCAAAAAAAGCCCACUCCUCAACUCCACCGGUGGGGGUGGUGGGGGGAGGGAGAACACGGGCGGACGCACCAGAUGAGAUUUGUUUCCAAACGCGCACCGAUGGCGGUGUGAGGCGUUUGGCUGAGAAGUACGCACGGCGCGGUGGAACAGUGGAGCUUUAAUUUUGUUGUUGUUGUUGUUCGUCUUCUCCUCUCUGUGUGGAUUGUGUCUUGGAAGCGGGGACAUAAGGACAAAAGCUAUGGAUUACCCGGUCUGUCUACUUUUACUCUUGGCCACCGUGUCGUCGGUGUCCACAGGACAAUUCCCCACAGCGCACAUGGUAAAGGAAUGGGUCGACCAGAUGCAAAAUGAUUUGAUCAUGUUAACAGACACAUCCAGUGGCCUGCAGGACCUAAUACAGAUAUUUAAAACACACAAAGCUCACUUCAGCGUGGAAUCGAACAAUCCAGGGGAACUGGUGUCGACGGCCGCUGGGAACAUAGAGAAACUGCUGGCUAACCGCUCCCAAGCCCUAAAGCGGCUGGCAAGCGAAGCGGAGAAGUUUCAGAUGGAGCACCAGUGGCAGGGCGACAGCGAGAUCGACAAACUUAUUUACUACAACGCCAAAGAUGACCUGAAUCAGACGGAGAAGAAGAACCGCUACGUUCCAGAUGAUUUCCACGUCGACCCCGACUUCAAGCGCCUCGUCUCUUACAACACCACCGCUGUCCACAUCCCUACGGAUAUAUACGAGGGCUCCACCAUCAUAUUGAACGAGCUGAACUGGACAGAAGCCCUGGAGGAUGUUUUCCGGAAAAACAAAGAGGAGGAUCCCUCGCUCCUCUGGCAGGUGUUUGGUUCUGCCACCGGAUUGGCCCGCUACUUCCCAGCAUCUCCUUGGAUGGACCUGAGCAACUCGGCCAGUAAGAUCGACCUGUACGAUGUGCGCAGGCGACCGUGGUACAUUCAGGGGGCGGCGUCACCCAAGGACAUGCUGAUCUUGGUGGAUGCAAGCGGCAGCGUUUCAGGUCUCACCCUCAAACUCAUCCGAACGUCCGUGAACAAGAUGCUGGAGACCCUGUCUGACGACGACUACGUGAACGUGGUCUCUUUCAACGAAAAGGCCUCGCAUGCGGCGUGCUUCCAGAACCUGGUGCAGGCCAACGUCCGCAACAAGAUGAUGCUGAAGGAAGCCGUGCAGAACAUCAUCGCCAAGGGUAUCACCAACUACAAGGGCGGCUUCGAGCUGGCCUUCGAGCAGCUGGCGCAGCUGAACGUGUCGAGGGCGAACUGCAACAAGAUCAUCAUGCUCUUCACUGACGGAGGAGAGGAAAGGGCGGAGGAGAUAUUUAAGAAAUACAAUCCAAAGCAAGCGGUUCGAAUCUUCACGUUUUCAGUCGGUCAACACAACUAUGACAAAGGACCAAUACAGUGGAUGGCCUGUGCUAAUAAAGGUUAUUACUACGAGAUUCCCUCUAUAGGAGCCAUUAGGAUCAACACACAGGAGUACCUGGAUGUUCUGGGCAGACCCAUGGUGAAGGCUGACCGGAGGGCCAAGCAGGUUCAGUGGACCAACGUGUACCUGGACGCGCUGGAGCUCGGCCUGGUGAUCACUGGAACUCUGCCUGUCUUCAACAAGACCAACACAGGCUCGAAGAAAUCACAGAACCAGCUCAUCCUGGGGGUUAUGGCUAUUGAUGUCUCGCUGGAGGACAUCAAGAGACUCACGCCUCGGUUCACGUUUGGACCGAAUGGUUACUACUUUGCCAUCGACCCCAACGGAUACGUGCUGCUCCACCCUAAUCUCCAGCCGCUGACUGCCAAGUUCCAUGAACCUGUAACGCUGGACUUCCUGGACGCAGAGAUAGAGAACGAGAUGAAAGUGGAGAUGCGGAAAAAAAUGAUUGACGCACAAAAAGGGGAUUACACGAUGGCUACACUGGUGAAAUCCCAAGACGAGCGUUACAUCGACCAGAACCACAGGACUUACAGCUACGCACCAGUGAAGGGAACAGAUUACAGCCUGGCCCUGGUCCUCCCCGAGUACAGUAUGCAUUACAUCCGGGCCACGAUCGGUGACACAAUCACCCAGGCUAAAUCAUUUUUGGGGAAAAAUGUUUCUGAGAGCCUGCUCGCCGACAAGUUUGAUGAAUAUGGCUACACGUUCAUCGCUCCGAGGAUGUACUGUAAGGAUUUAAAACCACCCGACAAGAACACAAACAACACGGAGUUCCUGAUGGAGUUCAACAACUACAUCGACACAAAGACUCCAAACAACCCCAUGUGUAAUGUGGAGCUGGUGAACAGACUGCUCUUGGAUGCGGGCAUAACCUCAGAUCUGAUUAAGCUUUGGAAACAAAAUGAGCUGCCGCUCGGUGUCUCGGCCAGAUUUGUUGCCACUGAUGGGGGAAUCACGCGGGUCUACCCCAAAAGUGCUGGGCUGUACUGGACGGAAGAAGCAGAGACGUACGAGUCAAGUUUCUACAAGCGAACUUUGGACAAUGAUCUGUACAUCUUCACUCCAACACCCUACGCAGAUAAAGACAACACAAGUGACGACUCAGUGCUGGUGAGCAGAGCGGUGGAGAUCACUAUUGAUGGUAUCCCACUUAAACCAGCUGUGGCCGGCGUGAAGUUGGACAUCAGCGCCUGGAUGGCGAGGUUCAUCAACACCACGCAGAGGACGAAUUGCAACGAUGAGAUCUGUGGCUGUCAGAGAAAUGACGUGUACGUAGACUGCGUCAUUCUGGACGACGGGGGCUUCCUGGUGAUGUCCAAUCGAGAUGAAUACAUUGAUCAGAUCGGACGUUUCUUUGGCGUGAUCGACCCCGUCCUCAUGAGGAGCCUGAACGACUCCCUGUUCACCUACAAGCAGACCUACGACUACCAGUCGCUCUGUGACCCCAAGAAGGAGAGCAAGGCGGCUGCAGGCCUGCGAUCAGUCUACGUGCCCACAAUCGCAGAUAUUUUGAGUUUGGGGUGGUGGGCGACAGCUGCAGCCUGGUCGAUACUGCAGCAGAUACUGGUCAGCGUCACAUUCCCCAACUUCCUGGAUGCAGCUGAAUUGGAUGAUGACGUGUCAGAUGCCAUGCUGAAGGAGGUCUGCAUCACCAAGCAAACCCAGUUUUACUUUUUGAACAACAACGUGUCUUUCCGAGGCACAGUGGACUGUGAGAACUGCUCCAGGCUCUAUCACGCUGAAAAGCUGCCCAAGACUAACCUGGUCUUUAUCAUCGCUGAUGCGAAACUCACCUGCUCGUCCUGUGACGCCACCCUGAUGAAACAGGAUGAGGAGCCGUCUGAAGGUCCCGAUCCCUGUGAGCUGGCUCAGAGUCCCCGGUACAGGAAAGGGCCUGCAGUCUGUUUUGAUAACAACGAACACGAGGCGGAUCCAGACUGUGGCGGGGCAUCCAGCCUGAGUCCCCCGCUUUGGCUGAUGGCGUCUCUUCAGCUGGUACUGCUCUGGGUUCUGACCGGAUCCAGAAACCACGCUGUCCCGUCAUGACCUCUGAACGACCUCAUCGCACCCUCUAUCUCCCCCCCUUCAACUCUCCAACAUGGCAACCAGCAUGCGACGCUGCCACUGAAACGAUGAACGCCCGAUGAGAAGUAACUAACAAGCAAAAACCCGUGAGCCCUCACAUUCUUCCGGUUUCAGGGGUUUCUCAGUGAUUUCACCAGGUCCGAGGGUGCGAGCGACGAAAGAAAUGUGUAUCAGAUGAUCGGUUCGAACUAUAAGAAAGACCUUGACCUGCGGAUAUCCUUCAUCCCUUCAGUUGUCCCCCAGGGGAGAUUAGAGGAAUCCAGAGAUUCAUUUUGAUUGGCGACUUCCGAACUUUCUCUGACUUGAUGUCACUGAUGACGGAGAUUGGACUGCCUUACAGUAUCAGAGGGAGUGAAAUCCCAGUGGAAGGGACUUGCUGUUUAAUCGAUGAAGUUGAGCAGUUUUAUUCACCACUGCCAGAAUCAGUGCUGCCCUUUUGUGAGCGUACAAUUUAUUUAGAAUCGAUUUGCAGUGGGUAGUUAUUAGGUUUUUAUUGUUUUGUGGUUUCCAAUUUGGCUACGAUUGCAGUACGAGAUGCCAAAUUUUUACAUCAAGAGUUCUUGCUCUUCCGUUGGGUUGCCGAUAAUAUAAUGUCGUCUCUGUCUGAUUUUCAAAUAGCAACACCCAUGUUCACGAUGUCCCUGAGGCCUUCGCCUGCUGUUCUUUCAUGUAGAUACUGUAUUUGCAGUGUGGAAAUCAUCUUCAUUGUUAUGUUUUAUGCACAGAAACAACCCGUCAACUGCCACAGAGCUCCUGCUUCUGAGUGUAUGGAUUCGAUUAUUUAAUUUUUUUUUUACAGCUGAACACCUAAACGUCGAUCAGGAGUUGUAACUGUCUGUGGAUUUUUCCUCCUCGGUGUCGGAUCGCUCCGGUGAAAACCUUGUUGCCAUAGCGCGCAUUAACCAAUCAGGAUGAGCCUGGCUGGUGUCAGUGGACAGAAUCUCUAGUGCCAUGUGGACUGCGUGACUCAGACUAACCCUUUAGCUACUAAAUGGAGAGAAGUGUAGUAUUUUUAUUUAUUUCACUAUUUAUUUUAUUUGAAUGAAGCAUUGAGACAGCAUGCUACCAUUUGUUUUAUCGCCACCACGAAAGAAAAAAGAAUGAACGGUGAUAGAGGAGUUUGUACUUGACCUUUUGUUCAACAGAAAAACAGGAAAUCCGUACGUUUGUAUUCACUGCUGUCACUUUUAAAUUAAAUGACUACUAUCUGCACUGCAAUUCAAAGUGCAGCUGUUAUUUGUCUUUACAGUUGGGUCGUCUGGCUGAAGAUCAGCCUCCAUCUCUGUGUAGCAGUGAGAUUCCCUCUUGCAGUUUGUCAUCCUGUUGGCACCAAGUGGAAAUCACUAUGCACCUGCAUUCAUGCCUAUGAUCCUUUCUAUUGCUUUUAAAUGUACGUUCAAUCCACUUCAUUUUGUGUGUCUUUUUACAUACAACAUACCUAAUUUAAGCAACACAAUUUUCAUAUGAUUUACCGCAGAUUGUUUUAGUUUAACAGUUGGAAUAAUUUAAACUAGAAUGACACUCAGGAGAGUCCAACAGUCCCCUUGAAUUCAAUCAGGCCUUGAAGCCAAACACCAACGUAACAGUGCACCAAAUUUAACACACUCAUAGAGAUCAGUGCCCAAAAUAUCCAAGUUUUCUCACAGAGUUGGGAAAUCAGUGUUGAUGUCAAAAUAUUUGAGCGUGAGAAGAAUGAAAUACAUACUUGUCCGGAUUCACGCCAAAAUUGUACAGGUUCUUGGCUCAUGUCCCGUCCUUCCAACACAUUCGUUGUGUAACUUGCACGAUUGUGAAAAUCUAAAAAAAAUACACCACCUCUCUGGUUUUAACAGAGGUGUACCCCAACAGUAGAUGACCCCAACAGUACAUUUUGCCACAAGGAUGCACACACAGACUCACAAGGUGAAACAAAACCCCAGAAAGAUAUUGAAAAAGCACUUAUCAGCCAAACGACUGCAGCAGACAGCAAAUCUGCAACAGGUUACACAGGACCAACACUGGGCUCUGGAAGCAGUUAAAUAUCGUGUGCUUCACUAAAAACGUCAGUAAAGAUAAAGCAAAAGAAAUUAAUUCAUUUCAUAACGAACAUAGAAAUCCAUUGUAUUUGGAUUUGUUCAGGGUGAGAAAAACACAUCAAUUCAACAGGAAAUAUUGUGAAGGGAAGAACAGUUGAAAGCUGUGGUUACAAACAAGCUUUAAAUCCCUGAAAUAAAACUGUCACUUUUAUUUAGGCCAGCUGCAUUUGGUGGUUUGUUUGGUCGCUGUUGACAAGUAAUUCCACAAUUUUUAACAUCCUGCUGUGUCAGUCGGUUCACGAGAAGAUCUGACAAUCACAGGUUUUCAUGAAUGCCUCAUUAGUUGAGAAUGCAUGCAGACACCUGCCAGAAGAGAAACAACUAUGUUUCUGUUGAGUGAUAUCAGUUAGUUGAAGGAUUCGCUCCGUGUUUGCCCCUAAAUUCCCCAGAUAGCGCCUCAGCUCACUGUCAAAAAAACAAGGUUUCAUUUUUGGGGGAGACGCUGUGUACAUAACACCACUAAAACCAAACUGGGAUCUUUUAGAAGUGCAAAAUUCGGCAGUCGACACGUGUUUGCAGGAAACCACUAAUUCUGUGGGAAAGUGUGCACCACAUAACCACUCUCACUUUUAUUUUUUUAAUUUCACGUAUUCCUCCAGGUCAGAUUAGGGAAUGCUCGCUUUGUCUUUUUUUGUCGCUUUGCUUCAUCACCAUCAUUAAACCAUCAUCAUCAUCAUCAUCAUAACUUUCCAACUGGUCUGAGGUGAACAUUUUACUUGCGAUGUUUCCAUCCAUCUUUAACUAUAACUUUACAACUAGAACAACGUGGUGAAACUUAACAAUGCUAUUUAACAUUUACUAACACUCAAGAAUAUCAAGUGCCAUAUAGGACUCUUAUUCUCUUGUGGAGAAACCUAUUAUUCUAAUAUAACAUUUAUGCAACGUUACCAAGGCAAGAUGUACGUCUCAUGAAUUGUUUCCCUGUGAUUGCAUGGUUGUGGCUGACAGUUUGUUUUAGAAAAAUAUCCAGUGUGCUCCUGCUUCAGUGUGUAAUGCUGGGAAGCAUAAUAUCCUGGGUGUCCGGCAUUUAUUCACGAUAUGAUAAGGUACGAUCAGCUAUUACUGCCUUUCUCUUGGGGGGACAGCAUUUGGCUCCGCCCCGGUCUGAUUCGAUCUGGGAGAGGGAACCUGAUUGGCCAGUGUCAGGUUUGAAUGCACUAUUCGUGAUCUGAUUGGUUCAAGUCACGCAUGAUUCACUGUGAUUACGGGACCGUUCCAGUGACUGAGCAAGUUUUAUCUAUAGACUGUAAAUAAAGAUGGUCGCUUCUCCGAUUCCUCCCAAAUAUGCGGGAUGUGACUUCUGCUAAUGGCUGAUAGCUAAUUACCACUAAACCUUCAAGUAAAAUAAACACUGAACAUACAUAAGUGUGUAAAGUGCUGCCUAAAAGGAUAAUUUAUCAUUUACUUUGACUUUUCAGUUUCGUCCAUCCCAUCCUCUAACAUGGAGGAGUAGAAAUUUAUGAGCUAUACUGCAAACAGCCACCAGGGGACGAUCAAGAGACUUUGAUCUUCACAUUCGGGGAGCUGUCAUGCCAUCCAUCUUUAUAUGCAGUCUAUGGUUUUAUAUCAUUAACUACAAAUCAUGUAUACUUUACACUUCCUUGUUGAAGUGUAUAACUGCUAGCAUAAACACGUUACCACUGUAAUUGUGAGCAUGCUGCACGCUAAUAUAAGCAUUUAGCUCAGAGCUACAGCUACAGCUAGCAGCAUUGUGGCUGAAAAUCUGAAUUGAUUUGUUAUCAUUUGUUUUUGUCGAGUUUUAUUGGUGUUGAAAGGCGACGCGGUGCAGAAUAAUCAAAUCAAUCUGCACUUGAAUUGAAUGCAAUGUGGAUCAAUGCAGAUCUGAUGAAAAGUUUUAGAAAUGACUUAAAUGAGUGUAGGGUGGCAUCUGCCUGAAACGCACAAAAAAGAAAAAGGACAUCCAAAGAUCGCAAAGUAUCCAUGAACUGUAGUUAUUAAGCUAUAACGUGUAAAAACUAGCUUGGUCCUUUUUAAACUCCACCUUCAAAUGCUCCAGGUGGAUUUCCUUUCAGAAAUGCAUAGAAAACACUGGAGGAUGAACACGAGCUUCACAACCAUCCAAAUGUUCCAUUCAACUCUUUAAGUGCUAAAAUCAGAUGCUGUCACCUCAGGAAUAAUAUACUCUCAAUGUGAUAUGAAGUCUUUUUGAUUCUGUUGGUGCUCUCUGUAUGGAUCGUGUGGAUUGGCCUUUUUAUUUCUGGAAUCUUGAGGAUUGCUUAACGUGUGGUUUUGUGUGCGUGUGUGUGUGCGUGUGUGUGUGUGUGUGUGUGUCUGUUACCUUGCUGCCACUCUCUGGCAGACGGCUGGCGGAUCGGUCAGGCAGGCUUUCCCUGUCUUCGGUUUUAAGGCAGGCUACUGAUGGAGGCGUCCGCCAAGUCGUUCCUCACCAGACUCCGGCUACAUCCACAUGUUUUAGUUUUAAAAAGGCGUUUGAAAACUAAAACCACUUUGGCUCAAAUUAGCGUUUUAGAUCUGUAAUCUCUGUCCAUAACCAGCCCCUGAGUAACAUGGAAGCCCAAAUGAGAAUACAGCAGUAAAAUGUUCACAGCAAGCGGGCGUGUUAAUAACGUGCAACGGACACAAUAGUGAAAGAAAACAAAUAAGUCAGGAUGGAAGGGAGGUUCCAUGCUCACUGAAGAUGAUGACAAGUUGAAAGACAAUCGGAUAUGGGCCGACGCCGAUGUGCUAUAAACAAAAACCUGUGAUUUCUGCAGUGGAAUUUAUGUGUCAUAUUCUGCCACAUGCAUUAUCUACCCAGGUGCCACCCCUCGCCUGAAGGCUCCAGAUGUGUUCCUGUUGUUGUGAACGCGUCUGACUCAGACAAUCACCUGCUUCAGUCUUCCGGUGAGACAGGCCAACUCCUGACAUUAUCAAGAGUCUAAGAAUUGCUUGAAACAAAAUACUAAGGACGGGAAACAUCGAUGGUGAAAUGUAAGAGCAGGGUUUUUCUUUUCUUGGACCGACGACAAAGUGGAACUGUAACCGAGCGUAAGCGUUGGAAACAUUCUGUAUUCACCGCUCGUAGUCGAUUUGUGACUGAUGAGAGUCAAUCAGGAAAUAAAUGUGGGUGACUGCAUCAUCGUUUCAAAGUUCAACAUCGACUAAAAUGCAGCCCCGGGGCCAGCAGCGUUUUCCAAAGCGUUUAGAGAGUAAUGGUGUAAACGCAGUGGAAGUGAUACGUUUUAAAAGUAAAACAUACUAGUGUGGAUGUAGCCUCAGCGUCUGGUGAGAGACGGCUUGUAAGGCCUCGCUGUCAGUCUCCCUCGAUUGUGCUUUAAUAUAUUACACUUCUGUGGAACUCGAUUCUCCAGAAUCAGUCGUGUAAAAAUUUGUACAAAAACUGAUGUUGUUCUCUUCAAAAGGAAAAAAGGAACAAUGUUUAUAAUCCUGGGGAGGGAGGGAAGAUGUGUUUAUUCAUGUGCAAAUAAGAUGUAAAACUUCCGAAUAAAAGUUUAUGAUUAUUA